AUUUAACUGGCGACCUUUCCCCUCCGCGACCGUUUCUCGAGGUGCCUAGUGCCUUAGCGGCACGGACGAGAGUUAGAAAGAAAGCAAGAUGGCGGACGUGCUGGAUCUUCAUGAGGCCGGGGGCGAGGAUUUCGCCAUGGAUGAGGAUGGGGACGAGAGCAUCCACAAACUGAAAGAAAAGGCGAAGAAACGGAAGGGCCGCGGCUUCGGCUCCGAGGGUUCUCGAGCUCGGAUGCGUGAGGAUUAUGACAGCGUAGAGCAGGAUGGCGAUGAACCUGGACCACAACGCUCUGUUGAAGGCUGGAUUCUCUUUGUCACUGGAGUCCAUGAGGAAGCCACUGAAGAAGACAUUCACGAUAAAUUUGCAGAGUAUGGGGAAAUAAAAAACAUCCAUCUCAACCUGGACAGGCGUACAGGAUACCUGAAGGGGUAUACUCUAGUUGAGUAUGAAACAUACAAGGAGGCCCAGGCUGCUAUGGAAGGACUCAAUGGCCAGGAUUUGAUGGGACAGCCGAUCAGUGUGGACUGGUGUUUUGUUCGGGGUCCACCCAAGGGCAAGAGGAGAGGUGGCCGAAGACGCAGCAGGAGUCCAGACCGGAGGCGGCGCUGACAGUCCAUUUGUUGUCCAGGUGUUCUCUCCAGAGAUUCCAUCUAACAAUGCAGCCUUGGAGAAACAGGGCUGAGGUGGAACUCCCUUUGUUUAUAUUUAAUUUCUUAACCUACCUGGUUUAUGUUUCUUUUGAGUUAUGAAUAAAUGUCCCGUUUUGUUUUCUACAUUUAAAGUUACUUUCCUGUUCUAACAUUGGAAGCUCUGAUGCACUAUUUAAAAAGUAAGCCAGUAUGGGUCACUGAAAAUACUUCUCCCAGAGACUGACUUCUGUGUGAGUUUCUACAUUAGUCAUAGUCUAGGGUCAUAGUAGAGACUAGGGUCAAAGUAGAGACACUGCUCAGUCUUUUUUUUUUUGGAAGCUAUCAGAGCAGAGGUAGAAAUGAGGUGUUGUCAUGAUAGUUAGUAAAGAAUAAUUGCUCUGUAUGUACUCUCUCCUGGGCAAAUGGAUGUUACAGGAAUGUUUCUCUUGUUUUUCCAGCCCUUCUUGCCGUCACAUUUGUUUGUACUUCCAGCUGUCUGAGGUCUUGAAUCUUUUGUUGGGGUGUUCUUUCUUCUUUGCUGGAGAAGUCCAUACUAAGUUCUUGGUAGCUGAGGGUGAAGGUUCCCAUAGAGAUGAUCCAGAGGAGCAUUGAGGAAGCCAAAGAGGCAAAGCAUGUGGCUGAGGCUGGGAGAGACUUCAGUUAGCAUGGUGGGAUAAAACCAGUACCACAGACCCAGCAGGUAAUAAUGGUAUCCAGCAGAGAAUGAAGGUCAGCAGGACAAGCAGGGCCAGUCACCUGGCUCGCAGAUGAACACAGGGGCAAUUGUCUAAGGAGCAGUGGAGGGUAAAUUCACCAGCAGGGGCUAGGCAUUUAGAAAAUACACUCAAAUUCAUAACCCCUCAGCUUCUGCACUGAGUAUAGUAUAAAUUGAUGGGUGGGCAGAGAUAAUGAGGAUUCCUACAGGGAAGAGAAUGCUGCAAACAAGGUAAUGCUGCAAGCCCUCUCCACCCUUCCCAGUCUAGGGUGGACUGUAUGUUCCCCUCCCUCAAGGGAUUAUGAUAGACAUGCUGGAUAAAAGGUUUUGAUUGAGGUACUCUGUUAUAUGAAGCUACUAAGUCUACUUAAAGACUCAUGUCUAAGAGUAAAGAGAAUACUGAUAACAUUUCUUCUUAGUCCUUGCCCCAGCUAACUCAACUUCAGAGAAUGGCUAGAGCUGGCUGGAAUUGAAGGCAUUCAAUAAAAUUAUGUACCGCAUCAGGUCCUAGGGAUAUGGUUAGGAUCUCACUUUUGGCUUGACAGAGUUGUCAGAUAAAUAAGGCUAGAAGCAAUAGUUUAGAAUAUGGAUUAGCACCUGGGGAUUGGAGUCUCACCAUGGUUCUCCUUCCUUGUCCAGGGACCAGACACAUUGAGGACAAUGUGGCUAUAGCAGAUGGUCAUGGCAGUCAAUGGCAGCAGAAAGUGAAGAGGUUAUAGGUGGUCUUAUGCCAUUGAGCCUUGAAGCUGCCUUAGCUGACACACUGAGUGAAGGGUACUGGGCCAGCUCUGCAGACAGUAUGGAACAGGAACAGCUGGAGUGGACUUGAAGACUAUUAAAAUGGGUCUCCUCCCACCCUCCCAACUUACCCACUGUUGUCUCACUAUACCCUCCCAAUCCUUUCUUAAUUCUCUGAAGAACAGUACUGUCCUGAAUAGUGGUUCAUCCAUGGUGUGGCAUAUGAAAGACUAGAUACAUCUUGAAAGUCCCUAUCUUCCCCCUUAAGCUAUGGAGCUGAUCAUUAAGUUUUUUAAAUCCUUGGAUUUA